UGUUUUUUUUUUUUUUUUUUUUUUUAAUUCUAAGUAUGUUAGUCAAUAAUUAAAUAAAUCAAUAUCAAAAUGGCUGGCUCGCAUUCUGGUUGCAAAAUUUUGUUGACUGGUGCUCCAGGAAUUGGAAAGACAACAGUCAUUAAGAAAGUGUGUGAAAAGUUGAGGACAGACAAUAGAAUAACUGUUUGUGGUUUCUACACUGAAGAAGUCCGCGAGAAUGGUCAACGAAGAGGUUUUGAUGUUGUUACCUUAGAUGGAAAUCGCUGUGUAUUGGCUAGAAAGAGCGAAGCUACGUUAAAGAGAAAGAGUUUUCCUUCCGUUGGACAAUAUUAUGUUGAUAUUCAAUCAUUUGAAAGUCUAGCCUUGCAAAGUAUGAAAGAAGAGAUCAACAGUGUAAUAGUUAUCGAUGAAAUUGGCAAAAUGGAAGUAUUUAGUCAAAAAUUUUCAUCAGCUGUUCGUCGAAUAUUUAAUGAAUCGAAAUCCCCGAUUUUAGCAACCAUUCCUAUUUCCAAAGGAAAAACUUUGGCUGUUGUGGAAGAAAUAAGCUCUAGAGGAGAUGUCCAAAUCAUAACGGUUUCAAGGGAUAAUCGAGACAAGCUGGUAUCGGAAAUAGCAGAGCAAAUUUUAGCACCGAUUUAAUUUUUGUUGACACACUGUUGCAAGAACUUUAUACGACCAAAUGUUUUAUUACAUCAUAUUUUUACAACUGUCAUUCAAUCUAUCUUUGUUUCAAAGUUAGUUUAGGCUUGUGUCUGGAACUUACAAGCCACAUUUACAUUGAAUAUAAAACAUAAUAGAGUGACUGUUUAUUUUUAUUUUUUUUCUAAUAAAGUAUUUACUACGUAAAAACAGUUUAGUUUUUAAUUCGUUUUAAAGUACAUAACUGACUACUACGACACGAAAAAAUUUAUUUAACUCCGUCAACAGCAAAUCGGAUUUAAUCAGAGCAGCAAGAAAUCUGGAU